AUGUUCCCUAUGCCCACUGUACAAGUGUCUGACGAGGCCAACGGCACCCCCCCUGCAGAACAGAAGACGCCCGAGCUGCUGCCACAGAUACUGGCACCACCAAACGACACUCCCAUCAAAUGUACUUGCGCUACGAUGCAACCCUUCACGACCAAUACACGCUGCCGAAAUACCACUCUCAACACUAUGGGCAAUGAGAUAAGAGGAUAUCUCGUUGGUCCGAUGCCAGCCGAAGAAUUUCUCGAAGAAUUCCUGUCGCCUACAAUGAUCCCAGAUUAUCAACCUUUAACAUCCUUCUCAGAGGGCGCCUUCGCCAGCACGGUUUCUGCUGCCCUGGAGACCGAAGCUUAUAAUCCAUUUAUCAACACUAUGGAAUCUUUUGCUCCCGGUCUAUCGUUUAUUGACACCCACAGCAAUGCAGACAAGAUAAACUGCAAAGCAUUUUCCUUUCAAAUCAAACCGGACAUCUGUGUUUAUGCCGAUGGGAUACCCCACGACAGACAAUCCUCCUGUGAUAUAUCCACCACAGAAGUGGUCGUUGAAUUCAAGUGUGAACCACAUCACAAUCUGUUCUACACACCGGCACAUGGCUCAUCGCGCUUUAUAUCUGAGACCGACAAGGCCAUGGACACGCUGGGACAAAUAACGAGCUAUGCUGCAGCUCAACUUGGCGCACAAUAUCGGACUCACGCAUUCUCUGUCCUGAUCGUCUGUGAACAAGCUUACAUCUUAAGAUGGGACAGGGAGGGAGUUACCGUUUCUUCCGCUAUUUAUUACAAUAAAGAACCACAUUUAGCAGAAUUUUUCCAUCAUUACGCACAGGCAUCACCUGCAGUCCGUGGUGUCGACACUUCAGUGACGCUCGCUAGUGUAGAAGAAGCUAGCCUUGCAAGAUUGAAGUUGGACCUUCCUGCUUCCUGGCGCAUGUUGAAAGUGACUGUGCCUGCUGUCGAUAACUCUGACCCGAUUACUUUGAUUUUUCCUGCACCUCAACCUGUUGGUCGAACUCCUAUAGGCCGGUGUACAUGCACGUGUCCUGCGUAUAACAUUAACAACAAAAAUGUUGUUAUGUUCAAAGACUCUUGGCGGGUUGCCAACCCCGACAUCUUACCAGAAGGCGAGACAUACAAAUUAUUAGCAAAACACAAGGUUUCCAAUGUUGUGUCGUGCAUUGCGUGUCACGAUGUACCCUCUCUUCCCCAACAAGCUCCGCAGACUCACAGGUUGGCGCAUGCUCCCUGGGCGUGUUCACACACCACGAUCACUCCACAUGUCCAUUAUUGCUUGGUUCUGAAUAUUGUGGGCAAAGAGUCUCAUAAGUUCACAAGCUCUCAUCAGCUUGUCUCAAUCGUUCAUGACACAUUAAUCGCCCAUAAGGAAGCAUAUCAUAAAGCGGGUGUGUUGCAUCGAGACCUUAGUGCUGGCAACAUCGUCAUCUACAAGGGCAAGGGCAUCCUUAUUGACUGGGACCUCUCAAAAUUAAUCACCAUUCAAGGUGCUCAACAAGUAAAUCGUACGGGAACAUGGCAAUUCAUGUCGGCUCACCUCAUCCAACAUAAAGACGCCAAACAUGAUGUUGAGGAUGACAUAGAGUCCAGUCUCUAUGUCAUUCUAUGGAUUGCCUUGAUGUACACAAUGACUCACUUAACCGUCCCCGCUCGAACAUUGCUCGUGAAGGAUGUCUUCGAAGUUGAUGAAUUGGAGGGAGUUGGAUCAUCUACCAAAUCAGGUUUUCUCACCUCAAGAAUGCAUUUUUCGAAAGAUGUAUUUGUCAAUCGCAAACCGCUAGACAGGCUUAUUGUCGCUCUUGCAGAGCUCUUUGCGCUUCGGUAUACUCUUGUCACUCAGGAGCAGCAGGAUGUCUAUGAUCAGAUGACCAAGUGGAUGGAACGUCUAAAUCCAGACGCCAAUGAAAUGACUCUCCUCACAAACAUCAUGAAGACAAAUCCUGUUCACAAGAUGAAAGAGCACAUGGAGAUCUUGAAGUCGCACGACAAGAUACUGGCAGUUUAUGAUUUUCACCUUGGAUUGGACGGCUGGCCUCAGGAUCUUCCUGUAUCACAAGAUAUUGCUUCCUACGUGAAGUACCACGUACAAUGGCACUGCUUCACGAAGUCACAAUGUUAUUCAUGGCCGGAACUCUCAACAUCCAGCAAGAAACGUAGGUUCAAGGAAAUCUAG